CUCUCUUCCCAUUCCCUUAUCCCCUCUCGUUUUUCCUCUGCUUGUUGUUGCAGAAUCACCUCUCUGCUCAACCUCUUGCCUGCUCACCUUCGACAACUGUGAAUAGAAUUGGACAUUAUCCAUUGAUGCGCAGGCAGUGUGGUUUGUCUUGCGCUCAAUACAAAGUUCAGGAUAUCAAUAUCGCAGCAGGGAACACAACAAUAUUCACGUAGCUGGGAACAAGACUACCUUACCCAACUGUUCCACGCAACAUCCCGCAGUUCUCCCGUUUGUUGGGACUCUUGCCUAACAUGGGCAGAGUCGACGAUUUCGAUGAUAGACAUAUUCAAACUGAGGCCGAAAAUGAGCCUUACAACCAGUAUGAAUACCAAACCAAGGACAAUGAGUCGUGGGCUGGAGCUCUUCCUGUGAAGCAAGGCUUGUAUGAUCCAGCAUUAGAGAAGGAUGCUUGUGGCGUGGGAUUUACCUGCCAUAUCAAGGGCAAAGCCAGCCACAAGAUUGUUAGCGAUGCUCGGAACUUGCUUUGUAACAUGACCCAUCGUGGGGCGGUUGGUUCUGAUGCGCGAGAUGGGGAUGGCGCUGGUGUCAUGACAUCGAUUCCUCACAAAUUCUUCAUUAAGAACUUCGAGCGCGAGACCGAUAUUAAACUCCCUCCUCUGGGACAAUAUGCAGUUGGCAACUUGUUCUUCAAGCCAGACGAAGAGGUUUUACAAGAUUCCAAGAAGCAGUUAGUAAAUAUCGCUGAGUCUCUUGGCUUGCGUAUUUUGGGUUGGCGCGAGCCCCCCAGGGAUUCUACUAUUCUCGGCCCUGCGGCUGCUUCGCGUGAACCCGUCAUACUGCAACCGUUUGUUGUGCUUACAUCUGCGUAUGGCCCUGGAAAUGCGCCAGAGACUACAGAUCCUGACCAAUUUGACGAAAAGCACUUCGAACGACAACUAUAUGUUCUCCGUAAGCGUGCUACCCACACCAUUGGAUCACACAAUUGGUUUUAUUUAUGCUCGCUAUCCAAUAAGAACAUCGUCUAUAAGGGGCAACUUGCUCCUAUCCAGGUAUACCAGUAUUACUAUGAUUUGGUAAAUGCAGACUACGAGGGUCACUUUGCUCUUGUGCACUCGAGAUUUUCGACGAAUACCUUUCCAUCUUGGGAUCGGGCUCAGCCACUGAGAUGGGCGGCCCAUAAUGGCGAAAUCAAUACUCUUCGUGGAAAUAAGAACUGGAUGCGCGCUCGAGAGGGUGUGAUGCAAUCAGAUGUUUUUGGCGAUGAGCUGGAACUACUAUAUCCAAUUGUUGAACAUGGUGGAUCCGACUCGGCCGCAUUCGAUAACGUCCUCGAGUUGUUGACAAUAAAUGGAGUCCUGUCUCUCCCAGAAGCCGUCAUGAUGAUGAUUCCGGAGGCAUGGCAAGAUAAUCCUGCCAUGGAUCCUGCGAAAGCUGCUUUUUAUGAGUGGGCUGCCUGCCAGAUGGAGCCAUGGGAUGGCCCAGCAUUGUUUACAUUUGCCGACGGAAGAUAUUGCGGAGCCAACCUCGAUAGAAACGGACUGAGACCCUGCCGGUACUACGUUUUGGACGACGAUAGAAUUAUUUGCGCUUCGGAAGUUGGCACCAUCAGCGUGGACCCGGAACGUGUUGUUCAAAAAGGUCGAUUGCAGCCUGGAAAGAUGCUGUUAGUCGACACGCUUGCUGGCCGCAUCAUUGAUGAUGCUGAGUUGAAGGCAACUGUAUCGAAUCGCCAUGACUUCAAAGCAUGGCUUCAGGAUCAGCUAAUAAGCCUGCCUAAAAUUCACGAUACAUUUGCGACGGCUGGUGUUCUUGAUCUUGCUCCAAAACCGACCAGCUCUGCUAUCCAAGAAGAUCCAAUGCUUAAGGCAUUUGGUUACACCUUCGAGCAAGUCAGUCUACUCCUUGGCCCUAUGGCCACUGAUGAGAAGGAGGCACUAGGGUCAAUGGGAAACGACGCUCCUUUAGCAUGUCUAGCGCAAGCUCCGCGUCUACUUUACGAAUAUUUUAGACAACUAUUCGCCCAAGUGACAAAUCCGCCAAUCGACCCCAUUCGGGAAGCCAUUGUUAUGUCCUUGGAGUGCUACGUUGGGCCGCAGGGUAACCUCCUUGAAAUGGAUGCCUCGCAGUGUAGUCGUUUACUUCUCCCCACGCCAGUUCUAUCGAUCCCUGACUUGAAUGCCUUGAAGGAUAUCGCUACGCUACAUCCGCAAUGGACAGUCAAAGUCAUCGAUCUCACCUUCAAGAAAGAGGAAGGGGUUCAGGGGUAUAUCAGACACCUGGAUUACAUCUGCAGCGAAGCAACGGCAGCGAUUGAGAAUAAGGACCGCAUUAUCAUCUUGUCCGACAGGGCCACUUCUGCUGAUCGUGUUCCCGUUUCCGCUCUUCUCGCCUGUGGAAUGGUCCAUCAUCAUCUAGUCAACAAUAAAUGGAGAUCGCUUGCAGCAAUUGUUAUCGAAACUGCGGAGGCCCGCGAGGUCCAUCAUAUGUGUGUUCUCCUCGGAUACGGCGCCGACGCCAUCAACCCAUAUCUUGCUAUGGAAUGCAUCCUGAAGCUUAACCGCGAAGGACUUAUAAGAAAGAAGUUGAGUGACGACACGCUUAUCCGGAACUACAAGUACUCCGCAGAUGGCGGGAUUUUGAAGGUCAUGAGCAAAAUGGGCAUUUCCACAUUGGCUAGCUACAAAGGAGCUCAAAUUUUUGAGGCUCUCGGUGUAGAUGACAGCGUCGUAGAGAGAUGCUUCAAGGGAACCGCAACUCGGAUCCGCGGUAUAACCUUCGAGCUGAUUGCCGAAGAUGCCUUUAGAUUCCACGAACAAGGAUUUCCUUCGCGCUCGACAACUAGUAUUCCUGGGUUACCAGAGUCUGGUGAAUACCAUUGGCGCGAUGGAGGAGAACCUCAUAUCAAUGACCCUACAUCGAUUGCCAAUAUACAGGAUGCAGUAAGAACAAAAAACGACAAGUCUUAUGAAGCAUAUUCGCUUUCCGAGUAUGAGUCGAUUAAGUCGUGCACGCUCCGUGGUCUCUUGGACUUCAAAUUCGAUGAGUGUACUCCAGUUCCGAUUGACCAAGUCGAGCCUUGGACCGAAAUUGUUCGCCGAUUUUGCACAGGCGCCAUGUCCUAUGGAUCCAUAUCCAUGGAGUCCCAUUCCACUCUUGCUGUUGCGAUGAAUCGCCUAGGUGGGAAAUCGAAUACUGGUGAAGGCGGAGAAGAUCCAGAGCGUUCCAAGCAAAUGCCGAACGGCGAUACGAUGAGGUCCGCGAUCAAGCAAGUUGCCUCCGGACGCUUCGGUGUGACAUCAAAUUACCUUGCGGACUCAGACGAGAUACAGAUCAAGAUGGCCCAAGGUGCUAAACCGGGUGAGGGUGGCGAGCUUCCUGGCCACAAGGUAUCAAAAUCAAUUGCCCGGACACGUCAUUCUACACCUGGUGUUGGGCUGAUCUCCCCGCCACCCCAUCAUGAUAUUUAUUCUAUCGAAGAUCUCAAACAACUGAUUUACGACUUAAAGUGUUCAAACCCUCGAGCCAGAGUAUCGGUGAAGCUGGUAUCUGAAACCGGGGUUGGCAUUGUUGCUUCAGGGGUUGCAAAAGCCAAAGCAGAUCAUAUUUUGAUCUCCGGACAUGACGGUGGUACCGGAGCAUCUAGGUGGACUGGUAUCAAAUAUGCCGGCUUACCAUGGGAGCUUGGGCUGGCAGAGACUCAUCAGACUCUAGUGCUCAAUGACCUUCGAGGACGUGUCGUUGUACAAACCGAUGGGCAGCUGCGAACUGGCAGAGACGUCGCUAUUGCCUGUCUUCUCGGCGCCGAAGAAUGGGGAUUUGCUACAACACCUCUCAUUGCAAUGGGGUGUAUUUUCAUGCGCAAAUGUCAUCUGAAUACUUGCCCCGUCGGCAUUGCCACUCAAGAUCCAGAGCUUCGUAAGAAAUUCAAGGGUGCACCAGAAGAUGUGAUCAAUUUCUUCUACUAUAUCGCCAACGAGCUUCGUGCCAUCAUGGCCAAGCUUGGAUUCCGAACGAUCAAUGAAAUGGUUGGGCAUGCAGAGGUCCUCCGUGUCCGCGAUGACUUACGGACUCCCAAAACAGCCAACAUAGAUCUGUCGCUGAUUUUAACACCAGCCCACCAGUUACGCCCUGGUGUCGCGACAUUCAAUGUGCGCAAACAAGAUCACCGCCUUUAUGUUAGGCUUGAUAAUAAGCUCAUUUCCGAAGCUGAAUUGACGCUAGAUAAGGGCCUACCAUCACGCAUCGAGUGCGAUGUCAUUAACACUGACCGUGCUAUGGGGACUUCGCUGUCCUAUCAGGUGUCGAAACGGUAUGGCGAGGAGGGCCUACCGAUGGAUACUGUUCACGUGAACAUUAAGGGGUCUGCCGGGCAGUCAUUUGGUGCUUUCCUUGCCCCUGGUAUUACGUUGGAGCUCGAGGGCGAUGCCAACGACUAUGUCGGGAAAGGCCUCUCUGGCGGUCGCUUGAUUAUCUAUCCUUCCCGGGCAGCUGUCUUCAAAGCCGAGGAAAAUGUGAUUGUCGGGAAUGUUUGCCUCUAUGGUGCCACAGGCGGGUCCGUCUUUUUUCGAGGCAUGGCUGCAGAGCGCUUCGCAGUGCGUAACUCAGGUGUUACAGCUGUUGUUGAGGGCGUUGGUGACCACGGCUGCGAAUACAUGACUGGUGGCCGAGUUCUCAUUCUCGGAAGUACAGGACGCAACUUUGCUGCUGGAAUGUCUGGCGGUAUUGCUUACGUUUUGGAUAUACACCAAGACUUCAUGUCCAAACUCAAUAUGGAGAUGGUUGAAGCUUCUGCCAUCGACGAUCCUGCGGAAAUAGCGUUUGUCCGUGGACUGGUAGAAGAUCACCAUCACUACACUGGGUCCGAACUUGCCGCCCGCAUUCUGCUAGACUUCAAUCGCGCACUUAAGCGCUUCAUAAAAGUACUGCCCGUCGACUAUAAGAGAGUUCUUGCUGAAGAAGCCGCGAAAGCAGCUGAGGCAAAACAAGCCGAAUUUCAGUUACCUCUCUUGCAUAAAGCUGAAGACCGAGGGUCGCGUGAAGGUGCCUCGGGCAAUCAUGCACAUGGAAAGAAACAGGAUCUUCAAGAUAUAGAAGAGACAGUUGGCGAUGCUGCCGCAGAGAAAAAACGGUCCUUGGUCCUUGAUAAAACAAAGGGAUUCAUGAAAUACCAACGGCGCUCGGAAAAGUACCGUUCGGCGAAAACAAGAACUCGUGAUUGGGCUGAACUUUCUAAACGUCUCGAUGAGGAUGAGCUCAAGUACCAAGCCGCUCGCUGCAUGGAUUGUGGCGUGCCCUUCUGCCAGUCUGACUCGGGAUGUCCUAUAUCGAACAUCAUUCCAAAGUGGAAUGAGCUCGUUUUCCAGAACCAAUGGAAGGAUGCUUUGAACAGGCUUAUCAUGACAAACAACUUCCCUGAGUUUACAGGCCGUGUUUGCCCAGCACCGUGCGAGGGAGCCUGCGUGCUCGGUAUCAACGAAGAUCCGGUCGGUAUCAAAUCUAUCGAAUGUGCUAUCAUAGAUAGAGGGUUUGAUAUGGGUUGGAUGGUGCCUCAACCACCCAAGGUACGCACCGGAAAGAAGGUUGCAAUUAUAGGAUCCGGACCCGCCGGUCUUGCCUGCGCCGACCAGCUCAACAAGGCCGGUCAUCUGGUGACUGUUUAUGAGCGUGCAGACCGACCCGGUGGCCUGCUGAUGUAUGGCAUCCCAAAUAUGAAACUCGACAAGAUGAUUGUGAAGCGCCGCACGGACUUCAUGGCAUCCGAAGGCAUUAUUUUCAAAACCGGAGUCGCUGUGGGUGAGGAUGUUGAGCUCUUGGACCUCAAGAAAGAGAACGAUGCAGUUGUCAUUGCUACCGGGGCCACGGUUGCGCGUGAUCUUCCAAUAAAGAAUCGAAACCUGGAAGGUAUUCACUUUGCUAUGCAAUUCUUGCACAAAAAUACCAAAUCCCUUCUCGAUUCUAACCUUGAUGACGGCUCAUACAUUUCUGCCAAGGGAAAGAAUGUAGUUGUUAUUGGCGGCGGAGAUACAGGAAAUGACUGCAUCGGUACAUCACUCCGUCAUGGUGCUAAGUCCGUCACAAACUUCGAGCUGCUGCCCCAACCGCCUCCUGAGCGUGCCCGUGACAACCCAUGGCCUCAGUGGCCAAGGAUCUACCGGGUUGACUAUGGCCAUACAGAAGUAAAGCAACACAUGGGCAAGGACCCACGUGAGUUCUGUGUCAUGUCCGAGGAUUUUGUUGAUGAUGGCAAUGGAACUGUCAAGGGAAUCAAUACUAUCCGCGUGGAAUGGACCAAGUCUGCGACUGGCGGAUGGGACAUGAAGAAGAUCGAAGGGUCGCAGCAAUUCUUCCCAGCUGAGUUGGUGCUUCUCUCAAUGGGUUUCCUGGGCCCUGAGGAUCGUGUUCUUGGAGACGAAAUAGAGAAGGACGCACGCAAGAACGUCAAGACGCCCCCUGGUAAAUACAGCACGAAUGUAGAGGGCAUUUUUGCUGCCGGUGAUUGUCGUCGUGGGCAGUCGCUAAUCGUUUGGGGAAUAAACGAAGGCAGAAGUUGUGCACGGGAGUGUGAUAUGUUUUUGGAAAAUUCGUCCCUUCUCCCGGUGACGGGCGGGAUCGUGAAACGGAGCGCACAUGAGAUUUUACAGUCAUCUUCCGGACUGAGCGUCAGCGCCUAGACCGGUUUAAAAUAGGGGUGGCGGCGGUAUCUUGAGUUUUCGUAGAUAGAUAUAGCGAAUAUGAGCAAAAUGACACU